ACCACACUUUUCUCGCUUGCCGUCGUUUCGGGUUGUUGGUGUUGUUUGAGUUUCUAAUUGUCUGAUAUUUUGUUUUCUCUACACAUUCUCCUUCACAACUCCUCUCUCUCUUCCUCUCUCUCUGUCUCUCUCUCUCCACGCUUCUCGAGUCAAAGAAGUCGCCGAAGAUGAUGUCGUCUCUCACUUUUCCGGCCAUUUCUCCUCUCCCUCCUGCUUCUUCCGGCGUUUCAUUUCCUCCUCGCUCCUCCUCGCACCGGUUGUUCAACUCUGUUAAAUGCAGCUAUGCAGAAGCUGGUCUGAGUAGCGAUUCUACAUCCGCCCCAAUUGACGUUGUGGCCGAUGUCAAAUCUGAACGGGUUGUGGUUUUAGGAGGCAACGGUUUCGUUGGAUCUGCAAUCUGCAAGGCUGCAGUCUCCAAAGGGAUUGAGGUCGUAAGCGUUAGCAGGUCGGGCCGUCCUAGUUUGCAAGGAUCGUGGUUAGAUCAAGUUUCGUGGGUAAAUGGUGAUGUUUUCUAUUUGAAUUGGGACGAAGUGCUUCCUGGUGCAACUGCUGUGAUUUCGACUAUUGGAGGUUUCGGGAACGAAGAACAGAUGAGAAGAAUCAAUGGAGAGGCUAACGUCGCGGCUGUAACUGCUGCUAAAGAUUUCGGGGUUUCAAAGUUCAUAUUGAUCACUGUGCAUGACUACAAUCUUCCACCGUUUCUUCUCUCCAGCGGAUAUUUCACCGGAAAACGCAAGGCCGAGGCUGAAGUUCUUUCCAAAUACCCGAAUUCAGGAGUUGUGUUGAGACCCGGUUUCAUAUAUGGAAAAAGACGAGUGGACGGUAUCGAUAUCCCUCUCGAUGUGGUCGGGGAGCCGCUGGAGAAGAUCCUUAAAGCUGCCGAUAGUUUCGUCAAACCCUUGCGUUCACUUCCGGCGUCGGAUAUCCUCUUGGCUCCGCCCGUAAGCGUCGACGACCUGGCCCUCGCUGCCAUCAAUGCCGUCAAAGACAACGACUUCUUCGGCAUUUUCACUAUCGAACAGAUCAAAGAAGCUGCUGCAAAAAUGAGGGUCUGAGUUUUCGGACAUUACUUCUUCCGACUUGUAAUAUACAGAGACAGGUCACAGUUGUAAUACCAAAAUGCAUAUCAUAGAAAAUGAUAAAUGGAAUAUUCGCUGCUCCAUUUACAAACAAAA